AUGACAAGUAUCACGGAUACCACAUCACGGUGCUGGGCACUGACGGUGUCCGCCGUGUCACUGACCGUGCUCGUCCUUUCCAUAACGGCUGGAACGGCAGUGGAUGCUGACUGUAGCGUGUUUGAGGGCGACCUGGAGGCGUGCAGCGACGCGGCCGGGUGCCGCCCAUCGGAGCACUGCGCAACAACCAACGGAAAGUGCACUGGCACGGACAAGGACCUGUGCGAGGCUGAGGACGGGUGUGCGUGGGACGUGAACGGCCACUGCCACCUGCGCAGCUGCACGGCCAUCAGCGACGCCACCAAGUGCGACAGCCAGGACUCGUGCGAGUGGCACAUGCACUGCAGCAGCGCGGACGACGGCGGCCAGAGCCCCGGUUCCUCAAUCUGCGAGAAGUACGUGUGCAAGGACGUCAUCUCCCUUUGCACGGGCGGAUGCAACGUGACGUUCCAGUGCGUGCUGGCCAAGGCGCGCCGGGGCGAGUGCGACAACGGCGCAGACAGCUGCAUCAAGGAGUGCCGCAGCACAGCGACGAUGACGGCUGAGGAGGAGAAGCAGUUUGCGGCUGUCGUUGAGUGCGAGACAGGGUGCUACGACACAAACGAGUGCCGGCAGCUGACGGCUGGGCAGUGCGAACAGGACGACAAGUGCAUGAUUGAGCAAGCGUGCCAGCCGACGGCGGACAGGGACCGGUGUGCGCCGCUGGCACAGGACGAGUGCCGGGCCACGGACGUGUGCCUGUGGAGCUCUGUCAACAAGCGGUGCUACAUUGGCGUGCACGACUGCCACCAAUUCACGAUGAGCGAUGCCUGCAUGAGCGCCGGGUGCGCGUGGUCGGACGUGUGCGGAAGCAACAGCAACGACGAUGGCGGGUACUGCGGGGUGUUUGAGGGCGACCUGGAGGCGUGCAGCGACGCGGCCGGGUGCCGCCCAUCGGAGCACUGCGCAACAACCAACGGAAAGUGCACUGGCACGGACAAGGACCUGUGCGAGGCUGAGGACGGGUGUGCGUGGGACGUGAACGGCCACUGCCACCUGCGCAGCUGCACGGCCAUCAGCGACGCCACCAAGUGCGACAGCCAGGACUCGUGCGAGUGGCACAUGCACUGCAGCAGCGCGGACGACGGCGGCCAGAGCCCCGGUUCCUCAAUCUGCGAGAAGUACGUGUGCAAGGACGUCAUCUCCCUUUGCACGGGCGGAUGCAACGUGACGUUCCAGUGCGUGCUGGCCAAGGCGCGCCGGGGCGAGUGCGACAACGGCGCAGACAGCUGCAUCAAGGAGUGCCGCAGCACAGCGACGAUGACGGCUGAGGAGGAGAAGCAGUUUGCGGCUGUCGUUGAGUGCGAGACAGGGUGCUACGACACAAACGAGUGCCGGCAGCUGACGGCUGGGCAGUGCGAACAGGACGACAAGUGCAUGAUUGAGCAAGCGUGCCAGCCGACGGCGGACAGGGACCGGUGUGCGCCGCUGGCACAGGACGAGUGCCGGGCCACGGACGUGUGCCUGUGGAGCUCUGUCAACAAGCGGUGCUACAUUGGCGUGCACGACUGCCACCAAUUCACGAUGAGCGAUGCCUGCAUGAGCGCCGGGUGCAUGAGCGCCGGGUGCGCGUGGUCGGACGUGUGCGGAAGCAACAGCAACGACGAUGGCGGGUACUGCGGGGUGUUUGAGGGCGACCUGGAGGCGUGCAGCGACGCGGCCGGGUGCCGCCCAUCGGAGCACUGCGCAACAACCAACGGAAAGUGCUAUGGCACGCACAAGGAACUCAAUGAUGCAUGCAAGCAGGCCCUUGACUGCGUGUAUAACGCUCACGCCAACGGGAACGGCCAGUGCGACAGCACAUGCUAUGCAAGCUGUUCAUCUUACGUGGCCGGAUACACAUUCGCUCAAAGUGCUCUUGUAUCUGCGGCAAGCUGCCUGCUUGACUGCCACGACGAGUGCUCACCGGCGGAGCAGCCGUUCAUCUUUGAGAAGCAACAGUGCGUGGAGAGCACGGACACGGUGACGGUGAAUGUGGGCAGCCAGUGGGAGGCAACUGACCGCGUGCUGCGCGCGUACUGCCAUUUCUAUGACACAGACGGCGUGUGUGGACUCAGCGGAUGCAUGACGCUUGGAUGGGUGGCGCCUUCCAGCCGUGACGGCUUUGUGAGCGUGACGUGCGAGCUGCCUGACGUGUGGGACAUUCUUGCCGAUGGCGCCGAGGUCAAGCUGCGUGUAACACUGUACCCGUCCAUCGCCCAGAACCUCGUCUCCCCUGUGGCAUUUGGCGAUCCGAGCACGGUGAACGUGUCUGUGUCGAUUGACCCGACAUACGGGGAGGACGCGCGGGCAACGUGCGCCUUCUGGAUUCGCAAUGCCGAUGGUCGCCUGUCGUGCACGUGGCACGGGUGCUAUGCAGCGGCAACAGUCGACGCCGCAGGCGACACGAUCAUGUGCACGCUGCCGCCAAGCGUGCCCGAGGACGUGUCCAUCUUCGUGACGGUGCAGGUGUGGCACAAGGACAACGCAGACAAGCAGCGCAACCAGUGCUUCUCGCACGAGGGCCAGUCGUCGUACCUGUGGAGCGACUACGACUAUGGCAAGUUCACGGCCAAGUGCCCUGUUCCGCAGUGCACAGACGAGUACGUGCCGCGCGUGUACGGCAUUGAUCCCGAGUGCGACCUGGCACAGGACGCCACCACCAUCGACGUCUCUGUUGCCAUUGACCCGACAUACGGCGAUGACGCGCGGGCAACGUGCGCCUUCUGGCUGCCUGAUGCUACUGGACGCCUGUCGUGCACGUGGCAUGGGUGCUACGCAGCGGCCAGCGUCAACGCGGCCGGCACGGUGAUCACAUGCACGCUGCCAGAUGGCCUGCCACCGAACGAGGAGGUGCACGUGACGGUGCAGGUGUGGCACAAGGACAACACUGCCAACAAGCAGCGCAACGAGUGCUUCUCGCACGAGGGCCAGUCGUCGUACUCGUGGGGCGGCUUUGACUUUGGCGUGUUCUCGGUCAACUGCCCUGGUCCAGAGUGCACGGAUGCGUAUGUGCCGCGCGUGUACGGCAUUGAGCCUGCGUGCGGGCUGGAGGAAGGCGCGCAGACGGUGAACGUGUCUGUUGCAAUCGACCCGACAUACGGCGCAGAUGCACGGGCAACGUGUGCGUUCUGGCUGCCAGACACGAACAACAGGGUGUCGUGCACGUGGCAUGGGUGCUACGCAGCAGCGACGGUGAAUGCGGCUGGCGACACCAUCAUGUGCACGCUGCCCGAGGGGCUGCCGCUCAACGAGCCUGUUCGGGUAACGGUGCAGGUGUGGCACAAGGACAACGCCAACAAGCAGGACAACCAGUGCUUCUCGCACGAGGGCCAGUCAUCGUACCACUGGAGCGAGUAUGAUUCCGGGGUGUUUCUUGUCAACUGCCCUGCGCCCGUGUGCGCGCACGACACGGUUCCGCGCGUGUACCGGGUGAACCCCGGGUGUGGGCUGGACGCGGAUGCAAGCACGGUUGAGGUUGGCGUGUGGAUUGACCCAACGUAUGGUGAUGAUGCGCGGGCGACGUGCGCGUUCUGGCGGCCGACGAGCGACGGCUCCUCGUGGCAGUGCACGUGGCACGGGUGCUAUGCGCCGGCGACGGUGGACGUGGACAGGAACGUCAUCACCUGCGAGGUGCCAAACGGCAUGCCGGCGAGCGGGCCUGUGCGCAUCACCGUGCAGGUGUGGCACGCCAACAACGAGGACAAGCAGGACAACCAGUGCUUCUCGCACGAGGGCCAGUCGCCAUCCAAGUGGAAGGCGUACGACUACGCGGUGCUUGAGAUUCGGUGCCCUGCGCCGGAGUGCCGGCCGCAGUAUGUGCCGCGGGUGUUUGAAGUCGAGCCUGCAUGCGGGUUGGCGGAGGAUGCGGAGACGGUUGAUGUGUCUGUGGCCAUUGAUCCAUCGCUGCGGUGA